GGGCCACAGGUCAAGUCAACGGUCACCAGUCCGUCCGCUCCCUGCCCUCUGUCCGUCACGACAUGGGUCGCUACCAGAGAGUAGAUGAGCCACUUCCUCCCAACUGGGAGGCCCGUAUAGACAGUCACAGCCGUGUGUUCUAUGUGGACCAUGUGAACCGCACCACCACCUGGCAGAGACCCACCGCGCCUCCAGCACCACAGCUCCUCCAGAGGUCCAACAGCAUACAGCAGAUGGAACAGCUCAACCGCAGGUAUCAGAGUAUACGCAGGACGAUGACCAAUGAGAGAACAGCAGAGGAGCUGACAGCUCCGCCCGAGGUGCCCACCGACGACACUGACCACCACACUAUCCCAGAGUAUCGUCGUGAUGGUGUGGUGACUCCAGAUAGCUCUCGGUCUCGUCUCAGUCUGCUCCUCCAGUCUCCCAGCGCUAAGUUCCUGACCAGCCCUGACUUCUUCACCUUGCUGCAUUCCAACCCUAGUGCCUACCGCAUGUUUACAGGUAACACCUGCCUGAAACACAUGAUCAGUAAGGUGCGUCGGGACACGCAUCACUAUGAGCGCUACCAGCACAACAGAGACCUGGUGGUUUUCCUCAACAUGUUCUCCAACAAACAGCUGAGCUGCCCGUGGCUGGGAGCUGAAACGACGACCACUGGCAAGGUACAGACAGACAGACAGACAGACAGACAGACAGACAGACAGGUAUCGAGGGCGCUCUUUUCUUUUCUCCUCCUCCAUCUCUAA